AUGAUGAAGGUGGGCGGCAAUGCUGCCGAUGCGAGUGAGAUUGAUUUGCUCGGACAGGUGGUGGCGACGAGUUUCUGCCUCGGCGUGGUCGCAAUGUACCACAGCGGAAUCGGCGGCGGCGGUUUCAUACUCGUGAGGGAUCCUACCGGCUCCUUUGAGUUUUUGGAUUUCCGCGAGACGGCGCCUGCCUUGUCUACCACGGACAUGUUUGCUCAUGCAGAUGCGUCGAGCAAUUUAGGCCUAAAAAGUGGUGUACCUGGUGAGCUGAGAGGCUUGGAGCACCUUCACCGGAAAUACGGCGCCCUACAGUGGUCAACCGUCCUGGGGCCUGCCAUUCAUCUGGCGAGGCACGGUUUUCCCGUGACAAGAGAUCUCCUUCGCUACAUGAAUUACGCCACUGAAGAAAGCGGAGAGGACUUCCUCAGCACCCAUCCCGACUGGUCCGUCGACUUUGCCCCCAACGGUUGCCGGCUCCGUCUCGGGGACACGAUGACACGGAAGCGCUACGCGGCCACGCUGGAGCAAAUCGCCUUGCACGGGCCUGACGUUUUGUACUCCGGUAAUCUUGGGCGGCAGCUCGUUGCGACCGUGGAGACGGCCGGGGGCAUCAUGACGAUGGAGGACCUGCGAGACUACAAGGCGGUCGUCCGGAACUGGUCCGAGACCGAGUACCGGGGCCAUCGUGUCGUGACCACCACGGCACCGUCGAGUGGAAUCGUCGUGGCCAAUAUUCUCAAGGUGCUCAACACGUAUGAUGGUUUGUUCGCGCCCGAGAAUGUGAAUUUGAGUACGCAUCGCCUGGACGAGGCGAUGCGCUUUGCAUAUGGUCUGUGUGAAGGGCUAGGUGCUAACGAGACGCUUAAGAGGACAAAAUUGGGUGACCCAGACUUUGUAGAAGGCAUGCAAGAAUACCAGGAUUUCAUGAUACGCCAGUCGACUGCGGACGGCAUUCGUCGGCGUAUACUGGAUACACAGACACAUAACGUAUCCGAAUACAAUCCCGAUGGCAUCGAGAGUAUCGACACCGUGGAUUCGUCUGGGCUGGCCAUCUCUGCCACGACGUCCAUCAAUCACCUCUUCGGGAGCCACGUCAUGGUUCCUGAAAGUGGCAUCAUUUUGAACAACGAACUGGAUGAUUUCUCACGCCCAAACGCCUCCGCCUCGUUUGGGUACUGUCCCUCGCGCGCGAAUUUUAUAGAACCGGGCAAGCGUCCGUUCUCGUCCAUGGCGCCCUCCAUGGUGCUGCGUCCGGACGGGUCGCUGUUCAUGAUUGCCGGCGCCGCGGGCGGCAGCUUCAUCACAACGGCGACGACGCAAACCAUUCUUGCGGCCCUGGACGAGGGCUUGUCGGCAGCUGAGAUCCUGGCCAAGCCACGCCUCCACGACCAGCUGGUCCCGAACCAUGUCGUUUUCGAGACGCUGUACGACAACGCAACGGUUGACUUUAUGCGGCGCCUCGGCCACGAGGUGGUAUUUAUCCCGCCCAUAGCCAGCAUGGCGCAUGCUAUUCUACUACGGCCUGAUGGCCGGUAUGAUGUCGCUGCAGAGCCUAGACAGCAGGAUUCCGGGGGUGCUGUGGUGUAG